AUGAAGAAGUUAUGGGUUGUUCGAUUCUUUCUCUUCUUCACUUUUGCAAACACAAACCUCACUUCAGGUUGCUUUGAACAUGAGAGAAAAGCUCUUCUCCGAUUCAAAUGCAGCAUUGUAUCAGACCCUUCUGGUCGACUAUCAUCUUGGCAUGGAAACAAGUGCUGCCACUGGCAAGGGGUCGGCUGUGAUAAUGCAACCGGACAUGUCACUAGGCUUGACCUCGAAGGUGAUCGGUCAUUUCUUACAAGACGUUACACGAAGUUAAAGGGAAAUGAGUUGAAUUCGUGUUUAGCUGAGUUGAGUCAUCUGAGUUACAUGGAUCUGAGUGGGACGUAUUUUGGUGGCAGUCCGAUUCCUGAGUUCAUAGGAUCGCUAACUCAACUCAGAUAUCUGAUACUUUAUUCAGCGGGAUUUUCUGGUAUGGUUCCUCAUUUUAUUGGAAAUCUGUCGAAUUUGCGUGUGCUUGAUCUUGGUGACAUGGAUCUGCUAGUCGUGGAUGAUUUCAGAUGGUUUUCAGAUCUUUUGUCACUCACGUAUCUUGAUCUGAGCAGAGUGAGCAUUGUUAAAGCUCCAAAUUUCGACAAAGUAUUGUUGUAUAUGAUUCCUUCUUUACUAGAGUUACGCUUGUCAGGUUGUGAUCUUUCUAACUCUCAUUUCUAUCGCACACAUCUUGAUCCGAAUCUUACCCUUUCCAUCAUUCAAAAACUUGAUCUGAGUUCCAAUUCUUUCCAAGGUGAAUUCCCUCUGUUUUUACAAAACUUGACGUCUUUACGCGUUCUUGAUCUUUCGACCAAUGAACUCAAUUCUUCAGUUCCGGUCAUGAAAAAGGUUGUCGAUCUCAACCUUCGGCAAAAUAAUUUCAAGAGUAUUGAAGAUACCAGGGUCUGGAGACUCUGUCAGUUAAAGCGGUUGGAUCUUUCAUUUAUUUUUAUGGAAGGGGGAUUCACAGGGCCAUCGACCAAUGGAUCUGAAUGUGCCCAAUAUGCUCUGGAGGCACUGAUUCUCGAUGAAAACAAUUUUGGUGGCCAAAUCCCGAAAUCACUAGGAAGGCUAACGGCCUUGAGAGAGUUGAAUCUGGCAGGGAAUGACUUAACAGGAACCAUCCCGGAAGCAUUAGGAAAUUUAACAAGUUUACGGGUAUUAUAUCUAUGUGAGAACACAUUAACGGGUUCAAUUCCGAUGUCUAUCGGAAACAUGCUGUUGUUACAAACACUUGAUUUAUCUUCAAACCAAUUAAACGGGGCAAUUCCAUUAUCGCUAGGAAACCUCUCAGAACUCACCGUUCUUUAUAUAUCCGAUAACUUUUUACAAGGCCCUUUUCCUGCCAUCGGACAACUUUCCAAACUUGAUUCUCUUGAUAUAUCAAACAAUUCUUUAUCUGGUGUAGUCACUGAAGCCCAUUUCUCAAAUACAUCCAUGUUAAAAUACUUUGAUGCAAACUCAAACUACAGGUUGAGAUUCAAGAUUUCACCGGAUUGGAAACCUCCUUUCAAAAUAGGAGGACUUGCACUUCAAUCUUGCAAAAUUGAAUCUGAAUUUCCAAGUUGGAUUCGAACACAAACAAGUCUUCGAAAGUUAAUCCUUUCCAAUACUAGCAUUUCUGGACCACUCCCAUAUUGGCUUAGAGAGCUCCCUAUUACCAUGCUUGAUCUCUCCCAUAACUUUCUCAACGGUCCAUUGACAAACCUUCCAUCUAACCAAAUAAUCAAGCACAAGUUGAAGCCUCCUUACCGUGCGAUACAUUCGUUGCUUCUGAAGAACAACCUCUUUAACGGAUCAAUUCCAGAUUCAGUGUGUAAUUAUACAGAUUUACUUAUUCUCGAUCUUUCUGGAAACAUGUUAUCGGGGGGAUUUCCAGAUUGCCUUGGAAAUGUCAGAAGUUUGAAUGUUUUGAUAUUAAGUUCCAACAGGCUCUCGGGUGUCAUUCCAAACUCUCUUGGGAAUCUUGGUUCUUCGCUACAAUGGUUAGCUCUAAACAACAAUAGUUUCCAUGGUGAACUUCCGAAAACUCUAGCAAAUUGCACAAGUUUAGCAUUGUUGGAUUUGGGUGAAAACAUGUUCUAUGGAAGUAUACCAAAAUGGAUUGGUGAAUAUAUGGAUCUUCUGAGUUUCCUCAGGCUACAUAAAAAUAGUUUCACAGGUCCAAUUCCUGUAGAGUUGUGUGAAAGACCCAGGCUCCAAAUCAUGGAUCUUGGAGAAAACAAAUUAACAGGAACUAUCCCUCGCUGUUUCCAGAACUUUGGUAAAAUGACUGAGGAUGACUACAGUUUUUUUAUCCCAGGUUACUUCGAGCAGAGUUUGAUCCAGAUAAUGAAAGGAGUUGCGCGAGAGUAUACAAUGACAUUGAAAUACGUUGUCAACAUUGACCUUUCAAGCAAUAAACUGGUGGGGGAAAUACCCAAGGAAAUGGUACUUCUUUCAGGAUUGCUUAGUCUUAACUUGUCAAACAACCACCUCACAGGUCGUAUUCCGGAUAGAAUUGGUGAUAUGAAUUCGUUAGAAUCUCUUGACCUUUCUAUCAACCAUCUUUCAGGGAUGAUCCCACAAAGUCUGUCGGCAUUGACAUUUCUUAGCCAUCUGAAUUUGUCACACAAUAACUUAUCCGGAAGAAUCCCAACAGGAAGUCAGCUCCAGACACUCACUGAUCCAUCCAUAUAUGCUGCCAAUAAUGAGCUUUGUGGUAGUCCGUUGCCAAUCAAUUGCAACCAUGAUGAAGUCCCAGAAACUGGAAGAAAUGCUGAGGAAGAUGAAGACGAUGAUGGCGAUGAGAAGAUAUGGAUUUAUGGUGCAACAGGUGGUUUCACAACCGGGUUUAUGGGAAUUGUAGCAAUUCUGGUGCUUAAGAACAGAUGGAGACUUGCUUUCUUUAAGUUUGUGGGAUAUUACAUCGGGAAGAAACUGUGA